AAAAAAUACCCCCGCAGAAUGCUUAGGAGCGGUUAUGCUGCUGGGAGAUAAGCCCCGUGUAGGCAAUGAUGGAAGGCAGCCAAUCGUCGAUCAUACCCGUCACUUCCUCCCCCCCCCCUCCCCGCGUCCACGACGUCUCCUCUCCUUCACAGAACUCCCUAGACCGUCUAUCUCCCCCGCCUUGUCUCGCAGGCCGAUCUUUGCCUACAUAGAGGCCGAUGGGUCACGUACCGGUCACGCAGUCUCCAGCUACUACGUCGGGCUUCGCCAAGCAGUCAUGGUUACUCAGGUCGGCGACCAGGCAAAUUGACAACCUACGAAUAUCACUUCUUGGCAACCUCACUUGGCGUCCGCCGCCUCCCUCCCUCCCCUUUGCCCUUCUGCAGCUGGGGGGUGAUGCUGUGCUCACCAUUCACCAGGGAAAUCGCUGCAUGUCUUGGAGAUCGUUUAUCCGACCAAGCGCCGUGCGAGACGGAGGGCCAGGGAGGAGAGAAGAGAGAGAGAGAGAGAGAAAACUUGCCUCUACUCAAAUCUCGUGUGCGCGACAUACGGCAUGUCAUCGCCCACUCAGGUCCUUACAGUCCUCGCACCUACUUCACUACCUUCAGUACAUCAAAAGCGAUCGCGAACUACGGUACCUACCUACCUACGGUGGGCAAUGUAACCCAUGCACACACACACAUCCCUACGUGGCGGCAACGCCUCUAUACAUACCUACAUACAUCCGUACAGAGCCUCUUACCUCCACAGCGCCGGGACCAUCUAAGAUAUCCUUCUCGCCGCCGCCGCUGCUGCUGCCGUCCUUUUUUCUUUGUCUAACGCUACGCAAGCUCUUGCCCAUAGCCACGGACCUGGGAGGGGUGGCCCUUACACAUACACAGAAGAGAAAAGGAAAAAGAACAUCGGAGAGAGAAGAGCUCACGACCCUGUGAUGUACAGGAAGAGGAGGAGGAGGCGGAGGUAGUCCGUGUUUCCCUAUACUGGAAAACCCCCUCCCCUCCCCCCAGUGUAAUUGCGCUUCCGAGUAGCAGCCGAGACCUACGGCAAGCGUACCCCAUCGACAAUAUCGACCUGAUUUUGCCGUAUUCAGCUAUCCCAGGCGCAAACUGAUGAUAACUAUUGUCUCUUCCUUGUCCCCUCUCCUCUAAUUAGGCCGAGAGUGCAAGACGUCAAAUAUGGUUCGUGGAGAGAGAACGCACAUAUAUGUGUGUGAGAGGUAUGUAUGUAGGUAAGUACCUACCUAUCUAGCAACGGAUGGGCGCCAGGGGGGUCUUCCGCCCUCUUGGUCCGUCC